AUGGUUUUGCAGCGUGGCCCCCAGAAGGCCAUCAUUUGGGGAACUGCUGACACGGUAGGCGAGAGGGUCACCGUAACAAUCCAUGGGCACGGACACGUCACAACUCACGUCACCAAACACCCCUCCAAGUCAGGGGGAAUAUGGAAGGUCAAACUUCCGGCCAUUACUGCACAUGGUCCGUUUACGGUGUUGGCUAAAUCUAGUGAAGGGGAAGCAACUCUGCAUGAUGUGCUGUUUGGUGAUGUCUGGGUCUGCUCUGGACAAAGUAACAUGGAAUUUUCUAUGUAUAAUAUUUUCAAUGCCAGUGCAGAAAUGGCCACUGCAUCAUCGUUUAAAAACAUUAGAAUUUUCAAGGCUAAGAAAUCUCAGUCGCCCACGCCUUAUCAGGACCUAAGUAGCAUCGCCAUCCAGUGGUCACUGCCAACAAAACGAUCUUUGCCAAAUUUCUCCGCCGUCUGCAUGCUAUAUGCCGAGUACCUGUACCCCCACCUGAACUACCCGAUCGGUCUCGUCGACACAGACUGGGGUGGCACUCCCAUCGAGGCGUGGUCGUCACCGGAAGCACUCAACGCAUGUUCUCAUAUUCACAAAAGGGGUCCGUUUGUGCAUACCGUGUUAUGGAAUGCUAUGGUUAGCCCUUUGCUACCGAUGACGAUAUACGGUGCCAUUUGGUAUCAGGGAGAAUCUAAUGCUCAUGUCGAGGCUGAAGCAAACCGAUAUGCCUGCAAAUUCCCCGAAAUGAUAAACGACUGGAGGAAACGGUUCAACGAAGCAUCACUUGGAGAAACGAGAGCCGACUUCCCGUUUGGCUUCGUACAGCUUGCUGCCAACAGUGACAAUCUUGCCAACUUUGGCGCGUUUCCCGCCUUACGGUGGGCGCAGACAGCCAAGUAUGGGUUUGUUCCAAACAAAAUAAUGCCAAACACUUUCAUGUCGGUUGCCAUGGACCUUCCCGAUCCACACGCCCCGUAUGGAACGAUCCAUCCCCGAGACAAACAAGAUGUCGCCCGUAGACUGGUUCUGAGUGGUUUAUCUGUGGCUUAUGGAAUAAAAGGCAUCGACUCCCAGGGACCAUUCCCUACAGCGUUUACUGCGCACAAGGUCCACCACACCCUCCACAUCGAAUACGACAACGGCAAUAUUCCAAUAGAUGUUCGAAACAACACCGGUUUCGAAGUUUGUUGCUCUGCCCAAUCCAUCCCAUGCGGAGACCACGACCCCUGGGUGGCAGCACCAGUCACCAAACAUGACACGACGUCUGUGACGCUGACCACAUCGGCUUGCCAUCAGCACGUCUUCGGAGUGAGAUACGCGUGGAGGGCCACCCCGUGUGAAUUUAAAAAAUGUUCUGUCUACGGUCGUGACAACGACCUCCCAGCACCUCCUUUCAAAGAGGUUGCUGCAUUUUAAG